AUCCAUUCCCUACUCUAAUUCCCCCCUCUUUCUCUUUUCAACAAAAAAAACUCAGCAAAAGAAAAAUUACACAAAAAAGAAAAAAGAAAAAAAUGGCUCUCACGUUACGUUCUUCAACUUCUUUCAUCAACCUUCAAGAAACCAAGGGUCUCAAAACUCCUGAUGAUUUCUCUGCACCUACAAUAUGCUUCCCACAAACCAAACCAAUAUCACACCGUCUUCGUGCAAAGGGUUCAAUGCAAGAAGCACAGCUUUCGCCGGAGAAAAUCUCCACCUGCGCCAGUGAGAAAAUAGAGAAGCUCCAUGCACUGUCCGGUCCUCAUACCCACAAAAAUGAUUCAAGAGUUCCUGUGUUCGUGAUGUUGCCGCUGGACACGGUUAGUCUGGAAGGUAAUUUGAACAAACCAAGAGCCAUGAAUGCAAGUUUGAUGGCUUUGAAGAGUGCAGGAGUUGAAGGAGUCAUGGUGGAUGCUUGGUGGGGUUUGGUUGAGAAAGAUGGACCUUUGAAGUAUAACUGGGAUGGUUAUGCAGAGCUUGUUCAAAUGGUACACAAACAUGGUUUGAAGCUCCAAGUAGUUAUGUCUUUUCAUCAGUGUGGAGGAAAUGUUGGUGACUCAUGCAGCGUUCCUUUACCUCCAUGGGUGCUUGAAGAAAUCAGCAAGAACCCUGAUCUUGUAUAUACAGACAGAUCAGGGAGGAGAAACCCAGAGUACAUUUCCUUGGGCUGUGAUUCAUUGCCUGUUCUCAAAGGAAGAACGCCGAUUCAAGUCUAUGCUGAUUAUAUGAGGAGCUUCCGUGACAGGUUCAGAGAUUACUUGGGAGAUGUUAUUGUGGAAAUUCAAGUGGGAAUGGGUCCCUGUGGCGAGCUGAGAUAUCCAUCUUAUCCAGAAAGCAACGGAAUUUGGAGGUUUCCUGGGGUCGGUGAAUUCCAAUGCUAUGACAAGUAUAUGAGAGCUUCCCUGGAAGCAUCAGCCGACACCAACGGAAAGAAAGAGUGGGGAAGAAGCGGACCCCAUGACUCUGGCCAGUAUAAUCAAUUUCCUGAAGAAACCGGAUUUUUCCAAAGAGAAGGAACUUGGAACACCGAGUAUGGACAAUUCUUCCUUGAAUGGUACUCCGGGAAGCUAUUAGCACAUGGUGAUAAAAUCCUGGAAGCAGCAAAAGGAGUGUACAAAGGAACUGGAGCAAAACUAUCUGGGAAAGUAGCCGGAAUCCAUUGGCAUUAUGGAACAAGAUCUCAUGCAGCUGAAUUAACAGCAGGAUACUAUAACACCAGGCAUCAUGAUGGUUACAUUCCAAUAGCACAUAUGUUGGGAAAACAUGAUGUUGUAUUUAACUUCACCUGCAUGGAAAUGAAGGACAGAGAGCAGCCAGAACACGCAAAGUGCUCGCCAGAGGGUUUAGUCCGGCAAGUAAAGAUGGCAACUCGCACAGCUGGAGUUGAACUUGCAGGGGAAAAUGCAUUAGAAAGGUAUGAUUCCGGUGCAUAUGCACAAGUUUUGGCCACAAGUAGGUCCGAUUCAGGUAAUGGUUUGAGUGCAUUCACAUAUCUAAGAAUGAAUAAGAAGCUGUUCGAAGGGGAUAACUGGAGGCACUUGGUGGAGUUUACGAAAAGCAUGUCCGAAGGUGGUAGGAGCAAAAGACUUUCAGAGUCCGACUCCACUGGGACAAACCUUUACGUUGGAUUUGUCAAAGAGAAGAAUGUGAAGACAAUGAAGGAGGCUGCUCUUGUGUAAAACUUGUACAUGUCUAUAUGUUCAUGCAUAAAAGAUAUAGUUUAGUGUAAUAUGAGUAUAGAGAGAAGAAAAGGGAGAACAGAGGGAACUUAUAUGCUUACCCUAUAGUUUUGCAUUAUCUGCCAAAAACCAAGAUAAUUCAAAAAACACAAAAAUAUAACUGUAUUUAUAUCUCCAUAGAAUGAAUUGUUAGUUAGUAUUCAUUCAAACCAGA